AUGACCCAGAGCGCUACUGCAUGGAUGAAAUUGGAAGAAGACGUGAAACAGAAGUUGAUCAAUGACUGCGUGUGUAUCUUCUUGGCCAAGAGUCAGAAUGGGGCUGUGGUACGACAACAAGAUAUCACAGAAGGAUUAACCCUAGCCAACCCUGGAGAUAAGAAGUACUCGCGUUUUGUCAGUGAGAUACUCAAUGGGGCGUCAGCAAAGUUCAAAACAGUCUUUGGGAUGGAUAUCUGCCAAUUAGGAGACAAGAAAACUCGCCCUUCCAAAACCGGUCGAAAGAAGGCCGCUGCCAAGCAACAGAAGCUGUACAUUCUCACCAAUGCCCUGGAGCACAACCCAGCCGAUCGCGCCCAGAUCGUUGACUUCUCAGAUGACCACCAUAACAUUGCACUGGUCUUUGUCAUCCUGGCCUACAUUUACUUAAACGAUCAAAUGAUCACGCACUCUCAACUGUGGGUGCACUUGGAGAAGCUGGGGUUGCAUGCGUCUGAGAAACGGCAUCCGCUUUUCGGUGAUGUGACAAAAUUGUACAAAUUCGACCUACUCGUGAAGCAGCGAUGGCUGGAUAUGUGCCCGGUCAAAGUGGAUGGGAGGGACGACAUGGAGCUGAGAUGGGGCCAGCGCGCAGAAAAGGAGCUGGACGCGCGUGACGUGAUUGGUUUUCUGGCCAAUUUGAUCGGUCAAGACAAGGAGCCAUAUGUCAAGGAGUACCUGAGAAAGAAGCGCCACAGAGAGCAGAUGAAGAAACAGCAACAGCAAGGGGAGGAAGAGGGGAUUGCUGAGGCGUGA